GAAGGAUUACCGGGGGCUGGUUUGUCCUCGGCUGCAUUAAAACCGGAGCUGCUGCAGCUGCACACACACAUCAAAGGCUCUCCUUCUCUUCUUCGCUGCAGCUCCCUCCGACGGCAGGUCUACUGGACGGUGGAGACAUUUCUGCUUUUUACUCUCAACGGGAUCGGUGUUCGGUCUACAUAACCGGAUAUAAAAACGGACAUACUUCGACUCUCAGCCGUCUACGUCGAGCCGCGUCGAAAUGAUGCACUGAGGAGAAAACUGGACAGGCUCCCCGGUUGUGUUCAUCCUGUGGCUACAGUGAGCGGAGGGGGUGAUUGCGGUACAAGGUUGAUAAUCAGCAUCAAGAAAGGUCUUCUCUGUGAGCGGGGACCGACUGUAAAGGGUGAUUCUUGCCCCUGUGCGGGGGGGAUCGGCGGAGAACCAUAGAUCUAUAGAAAAUUAUGGCCACCUUACUGCGGAAGAUCGGUCUCAUCCGCCUCCACGACCGAGACACCGAGGACCCGAAGCACCAUCAGGGCUCGCUAAAGGGGACUAAAGGGAACCAGAAGAACAACGCCAACAAACACUGUCAAACCGCCAACGAAACCAACAUCCUGAGCACCCCGGAGAUUAAGGCGAGGAAGCUGGACCAGCAGGGCAAGGACAAGCCGUCCGGCAAGGAUAAGCAGGGCAAGGAUGCGAAGGAGAAGCAGCAGACGGGAGGAGGCGGGAGUAAAGCGACCACUGCCACCUCGAUACCACCGCUGGCGCCUCACCGGCAACACUGCACCCAGGUCCGGACGCGGAGGCUGAUGAAGGAGCUACAGGAGAUCAGGAGGUUAGGGGACAACUUCAUCACGGUGGAGCUGGUGGAGGACAACCUGUAUGACUGGAACGUCAAGCUGCACCAGGUGGACAAGGACUCGGCGCUGUGGCAGGACAUGAAGGAGACCAGCACCGAGUUCAUACUGCUCAACGUCACCUUUCCCGACAAUUUCCCCUUCUCGCCGCCGUUUAUGCGGGUCCUGACGCCCCGGUUGGAGAACGGCUACGUGCUGGACGGCGGGGCCAUAUGCAUGGAGCUGUUGACACCCCGUGGAUGGUCCAGCGCCUACACGGUGGAGGCAGUCAUGAGGCAGUUUGCGGCCAGCCUCGUAAAAGGACAGGGGCGUAUAUGUAGGAAAUCAGGGAAGUCCAAGAAAGCUUUCAGCCGCAAGGAAGCCGAGGCCACCUUCAAGUCCCUGGUGAAGACCCACGAGAAGUACGGCUGGGUGUCCCCGCCCGUGUCCGACGGCUGAGUGCUCAUCCACCGACCCUCCGACCCCCGCGCUAGCCGGAACAAAACCCAGCUAGCCCCAACACGCAAAACGACACACCACGCUAACUCAACAAUGACCCAUCUUCACCUUUUGCUGUUUCACCCAAAAGAUUUCUCUUUUUUCUUUUUCGGUUUUGUGUGUCUUGUGUUAUUGGGUUUUUUUGGGGGGAUUUUCUUUUUUCACUCCUCCACCAAGAAGCAACUUUUGUUCCCCUCCCUCUCGCCCAGGGAGAUACUUCCCCACAUUUUGGAAAGACCUGAGAGGGAGGUGUGUGUGGCUGUGUGUAUGUGUGUGUGUGUAUGUUUGUCGGACUGGGAGUGUGUGCAUCGCAGUGUGCGUUACUGUCGGUGGAUUUCUUUUAGUUUUUGUCAUAAAGCACACCUACGCGCAUACGGGAAAAAUUGGACAGUGUGGGCUUUUCCACCCAUGUGAAAGACUACUGAAUGAAGGAGACUCAUCCCCCUCUUCUGUUCUCUUCAUCCCAUCCUCUCCUCUCUCUCCCCCUCCCUCCCUUCUCCUCCAAAGCACUGAACUGGCAUCGGUUCCCGCCGUCUCUCUCUCUGUAGCUGCCGGGUCAUUUACAUAUAAAUGAAGCUGUUAAUGUUUAAUAGACGGGCAGCGCACUGGCGUUAAUACUCACUCAUUCACUCCUUCAUUUCCCCUUUCUUUCGACUGUGCCGUUGCUCACAGUUCAAUGCAACAAGAUUGUAAUUUACAUGGAGCUGUGCUCUCUCUCUCUCUUUAUCUCUCUGUAUCCGUUUCUUUAGCUCGUCGUUCACUCUGUUUCUCCUUUCUUUCUCUCCGUCUCUUGUGGCUACAUUUAGAGCUCACUGUUGCGUAUAGAUGGAUGUUGAUUUCGAUGAAGGAAUUAAAAGUCACUUGUUGCUUGAUGCUGAGACUAUGUAGGCUAUGAUAAAUAGAAUGACAGUCAAUCACCUUUCUUUCUUUCUCUCUCUACUCUGAUGUUAUCGUGUGUGUGUGUGUGUGUGUGUGUGUGUGUGUGUGUGUGUAGGAGAGGAAGAAGACUGUAUUUCCCAUGAUUUAGAUACCAGAUGGUACAGCUGAAGGCCGGGCUUCAGUAUGUUUGUGUGUGUGUGUGUGUGUGUGUGUGUGUGUGUGAGCAAGGGAGACAACCCUUUAAACAGAGAAUAAUAUGAUUUACUGUGAAUGACACUAUAAGGCCUAAAGGGAGUGCUCUUUUUUUAUUUUUUUUAGCUGAAUUACUCGUCGCCGUCUUGUCCUACUUUCUAUGUCAGCUCCUGAUUAUUAGUACUGUAAACAAGUGUGAGGUUGUGUGUCUCUCUCUCUCUCUCUCUGAACCAUAAAGAGGUUAGUUGAAUAAACGCUUUGGACGUUUAGCUGUGCUCCGCACACACACACACUCGUGCGCACGCCUUGACGGCGGCUGUGACGCCCAGGAAUGAAGACAGACAGACAGACAGACAGACAGACAGACAUGGGGCUCGAGCGCUGCUGUGGAUGGAGUGGAGCUUUAAAUGAGCGCACGCUUCAGAGCCCGCCUGAUUGAUGUCUGCUGAGAGAGAGAGACUGAAGGCAGAGGGGAGAGGGGAGAGAAGGAGAAGAAGAGCAGAGGCAGAGCUUUGAUCACUACCGGCUGCUUCUGGAAAUGUCAGGUGGCUUGCAAAAUGGCCGAAGACAGAUUUUUAUUUUGCUCUACCCUGCUGUGAUUACUUAAGAGACACACUCAGUUCCUGAGUUCCAACCUUUAAAAGGACUUUAUGAAUAUCUGAUAUUAACUCUACGGCUGCAGCAACGUCAGUCUCAAUCAGCUGGACGCCUGCUCGCUACGGACCGUCUUGUCUGUCCAAUCCAGUGGACUCCUUGUGUGUUUGUUUUUGCUAUCUCAAAGGUCAGAGGGAAAGCUGCUAAUUGGUCUGACAUUUAAGCCAAGCGUCAUUAGAGACGAGUAGAAGGAUGGAGGAUGUCAAACCUCCCGCUCGGCGCUGACAUUUCGUCACUUUCUGCUCCUAUGUUUUUUGGGGAGGGGGAGGAGUGUAGGGCAGACAGGGGCGUAGGAGCAUCUCAGCAGGGCCCCAAAAGUAAUCCUGGAGAAGGAUAGUUUAAACCGCUGAGCUGGAGGCUGAGCUGGAGGCUGAGCCGCGCUACCAGCAUGCUGCGUUUGGAUCGGGCUGCGCCGUGUUUUCAAAGCCGCCCCUCGUGUGUGUCGUUUGUGGCCGAUAACAAAUGUCCGUCUCUGUGUGAGUGCAUGUGUGAGCAAACAUGUGUGUUACAGUCCCAUCGGGAUUUAAAAAAUAAAAAGAGCAGAGUAUAAAAAAACAACAACAACACACCAUCUGGUAUGUGAUCAUGUACGAAAGCGAGUUAGUCCUUUCAGGGUCGACCAUAUAGUGAACUCUCGGCUUGUCAGCGGAGAAAACUGUAAACUGAACUAUUAGUAAGAGAAAAUAUCUCAAACGCUGAGUGUUUGCUGGUUUCAAGAGAAUCAUUUUGUGAUAUAGUUUAGAUUGGUAGUUUGCAAACACUAACUGGGUGAACUGAUUAUGUUGUAUUAUAUCUGCAUGUGAUACGUGAUUGGUAGCUAGCUACUGUAUAUCUUUUUUCAAGAAAAGCAAGAAAAAAUAUGGGGAAAAACAAAAAUGCAAAUGCUUCUCUUUUCCUGUUCUUUUUUUCGUUUUCUUUUUUGGGUUCUGUAUUGUAUUGUUACUUCUUUUAUUUCGAAGCGUCAUGAAAAAUGUCACAAUGUGUUGUGAAUAUGAAUGUUUGUGUUUUAAUUUAUUUGUGGUUUGCCAAAAUGAAGAUUUGAAGCAUGUUGCAGGUAUUGUCACAAGAAAAUGAGAAGAAGGAAAAAAAAGAAUUACUGAGAACGAUAGCCUAUGUAUUUGUGUGAUGGGGGAAGGUGUGUUUAUUUGGGGGGGGGGGACUUGAGGGAGUACAGAAGAACAGAAGGUUGCAAAGCCUCAAGAUUAUAAAAGGGGAGUAUUUUCUUCAUUGGGAGUGCAUCAAAGUGGAAUUAAGAAAAUGUCUACGCUCCCUUGAAUACUUCCUAGUCCCCUCCGUGGUGUCACUACUGUCCCUUCCCCAUUGGUCCUGCUCUAGACAGUGAUUUGGCUUAUGGGUAAUGCAGUGAACACAAAGAUCUGGACUGAAGUUUUCCCCAGUCACAGAUCAAGGAUCAGUAUGACCUCCCUAUGCUUCAAAUCUCACUCGUAAAGGGAAUGCGCACAUCUGACCUGUGAUCAGUUACUCCGGGCGACUUUGUCCCACUCCCGACUUGAGUGUUUGGUCGAGGCCGAGGUCUUAAAACGUUCAAGAGGUGAAAGGUCGUUUGCAAGACCAAACAGGAAUGUGCAAUAAAAGUUACAGCUUAUUCAAACUC